UUAAAAUUUUAUUCCAUCCAGAUUAAAACUAUUCAGUGCGGUAUUAAUGUUAAAGUACAAACAUGGCUGAGGAAAGCAAUGUUGUCGUCCCAAGGACGGCGACUGAAUUACAGAAGAUUAAACUUGAGAAAUUGAUGAAGCACCCUGAAAAAGAAAUAAUUAUUCCAGAUUCUUCAAAGGAAUGGGUACCAAAAUUACCUCCAGAAUUUAUAAGAAACGUUUGGGGUUCAAGUGCAGGUGCUGGCAGUGGUGAUUUCCAUGUAUAUCGUGGGGUACGUCGACGUGAGUAUGCUCGUCAGAAGUUCAUAAGUGAAAAGGCUGACAAAGAUAAUCUGGAUGAGAUUUAUCAUAAGAAGGUCUUGGAGAAUCAGAAAGCUGCUGAGGAACGUACGAGUAAGAAAAGAGCUAAAAGACAAAAGAAGAAAAUGAAGAGGCUGGCUAAAAAGAAAAAGGUGCAGGAAAAUAAAUCCAAACAAGUUGGUUCUAAUAAGGAUAUUUCUGAAAAUAAAGAUACUUCUGAUGAAGAUGACAGCGAUCCUGACAACAGCUCUGAAGAAGAUUAGCACAAUUAAGAAUUCUCUAAUUAGCCUGUAAAUGAUACUUUUGGUCAUUUUCUUUUGUGGUUCCUUGUCGUUCUGCUUGGUUGGCUUCCCUGUGGUGUUCCACAAAAAAACAACCAGGAACAACAAAAUUUUUAAAAAAACUUUAGUUAUCUUCCACCCAGGUUCCAAAACCACAACUCCAAAUCACCAUACAAACACUAGUUGCCAACAUCACCUACCUCUAGUCCAAUGAAAUUUUGCCAACACCAGUUGCUGACGUCACCUAACUCCAGACCAAUCAAAACCGAACUUCAGUAAAUACAACGAAAUGGCCCUUUAUGAAAACCAACCAACUGGAACGAUUGAUGACCGUCUCCACGGGGAAGCCAACAAAGCAGAACGACAAGCUUGACCACCGGAAAAUGUCAGUAUUUUAAUGAAUCAAAAAUCAGAUCCGCUCAUGGAAAAAAUUAUAAAUACAUCUGAUCCCAAAACAUACCACAACAAGCAAAAGCAUCUUCAGAAAGAUGAUCAGAGAAACUGUAAACCAAAUUCUUUUCUUUUUACUAUUUUCAUUUCUCCCUUGUGUUUUUCCCUCUUAACUCAGUAUGACUUGUCGAUCACCACUAACAUUAAUGAACUUUAUACAUUCAAACAAAUUGAUAUACAUUAUUUACAUUUGACAGAUAUUUGUCCUCAUCUUGUUUGUUAUUAACACGUCCAGCCUUCAUCAGGU